GUUCAAAAAGCCGCUAACGUCCCGUGAAAAAGUGGUGUCCCACCGUGUGUGUAUGUGCGCGCGCGGUGUGCCGCUGAAACCAGGACAAGCAAACUCAAAUAUGUGCCUAAUGAGCGGAACGACUUCUUUUGAGUAAUUUUUGGUGAGUUUGAGUGGUAGCCUCGUUCAGAGCUGAUCCAAGAGGACAAAAGGCAUCUCAGGAGAAGAGGAGCCACAGGUGGAGCACGCUGCUGCUGACUCGGCGACACAAGGCUUUUGACACACUUUUUGACUAAGCAGUGGGUCUAGCGCUAUUCAACAUGUCCGUGGAGAGUUAUUCAUCGCUGGACGAGUCUUCUCUCCGAGCCUUGCUGGAUGGGACCACAGACCUAGACGAGCGACGGCUGAUCCGCUCAGCCAUACGUGAACUGAGGAGGAGGGAGAUCCAGGACAUGGAGGCUGCCCUAGCCUCCAAGAGGUUCAGACCCACCAGAGCACCCCCUCAGGAGGACAAGGAGAACCACAGGGAGAACCACAGGGAGAAAGUCCAGCAGCACAUGCCUGGCAGUAAUGCACUGGACCUCCUCUCUCAGAAGCUACAGGGCAUCAGGGACAUCGAGGAGCUAACAAAGAUGCUGCGUUCUGCCGGAGAGUACGAGGAGAGGAAGAUGAUCCGAGCGGCCAUCAGACAAAUCAGAGAGGAGCAACAGCAAGGCUCGGAGGACGGAUGCAGAUCAGCAGACCAGGCAGUGGACAGUCUCAAAGGGGUCAGGGCCCAGGAACCUGAGAGCACGACAGCCCAAAGUACAGAGACACAACACGAACCAGACUCACACAAGACAGGCUCUGGCUCUGGCUCAGGCAUGGUGCUGGUGUUUGACCACCUGUUGAAGGACGAGGGGCCUCAGCCUUUACUCAUCCAGGCCCCCAGAGAGGCCCCCAGAGAAGCCGUCAACCCAGGACCCGAUCUGCUCCCGUCCUCCCGCCAGAGAUCAGACUCCACCUCCUCUGACCGUAGCUCCAGCUCUGUCCAAUCAUGCUCCAACUUGGAUUCUGUGGGCUCUGCAUACAGGACCAGACUGGGUUCAGGGGCCUCAGACCAGAGCCAGGGGCCACUCCAGCACAGCUGUCUAGAUUCAGGAGCCUCAAACAAGAGCCACGGGUCACUCCAACGCAGCCGUUUAGAAUUAGGAGCCUCAGACAAGAGCCAGGGGUCACUCCAGCACAGCCGCUUAGACUCAGGGGAGUCAGACAAGAGCCAGGGGCCACUCCAGCGCAACCGCUUAGACUCAGGGGCCUCAGAUAAGAGCCAGGGGCCACUCCAGCGCAGCCGCCUAAAUUCAGGAGCCUCAGAACACAGUGUGGGCUCCGUGUCCCAGACAAGCACCAGGCUGGAGUUAGACCCCUCGGACUCUGGACCCCGUUCCAGACUGGACUCAGGGGCCUCAGAGUGCAGUGCCAACGUGUGUUCAGAUGAGAAGGGCCCCUUUGAGGAGCCCACACCUGUGACCAAUGGCUCGGUUCACUGCACAGACUUGGAGGGAGAGAGCAGGGGCCCCGUGCUGAGGGCCUCCAUACUGCUGGACCAGGUUGAUGGGGCCGGACUCUCCAGGCAGGGGCCAAAAACUGGACUGACCAAUGGCAGUCUGAAAGGCCGCUUGGACUUCCUUAACCAGAAGAUCACCAUCAAUAACUCCCUGAGCAACGGGAAGCCCAAAGAUGCAGUCCUGGAACACUUCACCCGCACAAACUCUGUACGGGACAGGCUGCGCAAAUACACCGAGACCACCCAGAGCCAGAGUGCCCCCUACAGGAACACCCUUACCCCCAGGACCACCUCCACUACCUCUCACACAUCCACCGACAGGACAGCCCAGAGAGCAAGCCCAACUGCAGAGCAUGUGUCCUCCACCAGCCAAUCAGAGCUGUUGGGGGGCGGGACCAGGCCGGCUGGAGAAAAGCAUGGGGCAGAGGAGGAGCAGGCUCCAGGGAGCAGAACAGAGGCAGACAUGAAGACGUUCCUGACCAUUGAGAUCAAGGAUGGGCGCUCAGGCGGCUCCCAGGGGCCCCCCAGGAACACCCCAGUACCCCUCUCCAACAUGGGGGCCCUCAGCAGCAUCAAUCCCAGUGAUCUAGGCCAGAGAACAGAACUGACCCUGGGUCUCGGAGCAACUCCAUUUAAGAUCUCUAGCUCCACCUUCUCCUCUGCCCCCUCCAUCAAGAUUGGGACCGAGCCGAUCAUGGCCUCAGAGCCUGUGUUCUCAGCCUCUUCCUCGGUACAGGUGGGAUGUCCCGCUUCAGACAUCCCCAAUGGCUCCAGUGCCCUGCCUCCUGCCACGCCCACAGCCAUGUCCACAGCCAAACCAGAGGAGCGCCCAGGCAAAGUGACCCCCGAGACACUGGCCGCCAUCGAGGACGAGGAGCUGCUUGACAAAAUGCUGGAUGAGUCCAAAGAUUUUGAGGAGAGAAAGCUGAUCCGUGCUGCCAUGAGGGACCUGAGGAAGAGAAAGAGAGAAGCCAUGCUGGGCUGCACUCAGGAGGAGAAGGACCAAAGGGACAAGGAGAGGGAGAGCCGCCUGCAGGAGCUCCGCCAGCAGAAAGACCAGAAGACUGCAUCCAGGGGGGGGGCGGGGACAGGGGAGGUGGUCAUCAGGAAGCUGGAGAAGUCCGCCGACGGGAACACACUCAGCCAAGUUACCAAGACGGAGCGAUUCGCGCAGUCUGAUGAUGGGAGCAGGUCCAGUUGCAGCACAAUGGUUGAGACCAGUUAUGUCCAGAAAACAGACAGAGGAACUGUCCAGUCGAAAUCCUACAGCUAUUCUUCCUCCUCAUCCUCCUCUACCUCUAUGUCCUCCAACACUAAGAAAGUGGGCAGUGUGUUUGACCGCGAGGAUGACAGUCUAUCCCGGGGUGGAAGUCUCGCUGCGAUGGAGAGGAGGCAGGCGGAGAGGAGGAAGGAGCUGAUGAGGGCUCAGACCAUGCCCAAGUCCUCUAUGCAGGCGCGUAAGGCUAUGAUGGAGAGGCUGGACAAGGACGCUGCAGCUGGCUCUGGAGGUCCAGCUGUAGUGAAGAUCAACAGGGUCCAACGCUCCACCAGCUUCGGAGUCCCAAACGCCAACUCCAUCAAACAGAUGCUUCUGGACUGGUGCCGGGCCAAGACUCGCUCCUACGAGCAUGUGGACAUCCACAACUUUUCGUCCAGCUGGAGCAACGGUAUGGCUUUCUGCGCUCUGGUUCACCACUUCUUCCCAGAGGCGUUCGACUACAGCUCCCUCAACCCCUCGGAACGCAGACACAAUUUCGACUUGGCCUUCUCCACGGCAGAGACAUAUGCUAAGUGCAUGCCUCUGCUGGAGGUGGAGGACAUGAUGAUCAUGGGGAACAAGCCAGACUCUAAGUGUGUCUUCACCUAUGUCCAGUCUCUGGUCAACCACCUGCGCCGUGUGGAGAUGUCCCGGGGGCUGCCCUCUGACCUUUGACCCCUCACUCCUCACCUCUGUGCCGGGCACACUCCAGGAUCCAAAGUUUAAAUUACACUAAAGCUUUGAGUGCUUUAACAUAUUCAUUUUGCAGUGUGACAAAUAUAUAAAAAGUCCCAAUGACUUGAAUUCACUAUAUUUAAUAAUAAUAAC